AAUAGCAGCAGCAACAACAGCAGCCGCAGCAGCAGGCGCCUCCUUGUCGCCAACGUCGUCGCCGCCGCCGUCAACAACGACAACAACAGCAACGGCAACGGCAACAGCAAACAGCAUACAGCAACAAUAACAAUAAACAUCUAUCAGAUCGAGCCAAGAUAUAUAGCAUACAGUUUGCAAGUGCGUCCGGUUUUUGUUGGUUUUAUAUUCAUUUCGCUUCAGUUACCGAGUCUAGUGCAUUUUUUCGCUUGUGUUCCCUUUUUGUCCGUUGCCCAACAAACAUUGUGCAACCUCCAAUCACACCGAGUCGGGCAACGCACCUGCCGUUGCAUCCUCAACACACAAAAAAACAUCUAACAGAUUCUCAAAGAUCCCAGUGCAAAUUCCCAGUGUGUCAGUGACAGUGACAAUUGCAACAGCAACAAAAAUUGCUGCUCAACACUUUCAUUUGGUAAAACAUUUGAAAAGAGUUUAAUCACAAAACAAAAAGCAAUCUAAACAACAACAACAACAACAUCAACUACAAAAAGUAAAUGAAUAUUGCUAACAAAUAGUUAAACAAAACAACACUGACUGUGAAAAGUGCAUUAAGAAAACAAAAAAAAAAAACAAAAAACAAAAAACGGCAAUUUCAAUAAUUUUUGUUGCAUAUUUUUUAUUGUUUUGCGACGCGCGUGUUUUGUUUUGUGUUCUACUAUAAUUGUGAUUUUUCCAUAGCAUCAACAGUGACAGCCAAACAACAACAACAAAUAAAAUAAAAAGAUAAAAAUAAAUAAAUAAAAACGCAUCUAACUUAAACAAGUCAAAUUCUAGAAUUUUUUUUUUUUUGGUUUUGCGUAAGUGAAAAUAAAAUUUCAAUCAUUGUACGCCUUAAAACAACAACAUCGACGAUACCAAAAGCGACGGCAACAUCAGCAACUGCAACUGCAACAGCAGCAGCGGCUGUGGCAGCAACAGCAACAGCAGCGGAAGCAUCUAAAAUGCUAACGGACAUGACCCCGACGGCUGGCCAAUUGUAUGGCUCACAGAUUCCGGCCAUGGCUGGCAUGAAUAUCACAAAUAUAGCAUCACAUCUGCAGAAACCGCAAGUAAAUCCGGAUCAUCCCAGUCUGCGCGGCACUCCGCUGGCCAUGCUGGCCGCCCAGUGCAACAAGCUGUCGAACAAAUCGCCGCCACCGCUCGCGGACGCGGCUGUGGGCAAAGGAUUCCAUCCGUGGAAGAAGAGUCCCAACUCGCCAGCAGCGGGCAACAGUGGCACAUCCGGUGGAGGUGGAGGUGGAGGCGGAGGCAGUGCGGCCAGCGGCAGUGGAAGCAGCAGCGUUGGCCAGCACUCACCAUGCGCCAUCUCAGCAGCCAGCUCCUCAAGUUCCAGCGGCAGCGGAGGAGGAGACACCGGCCAGGCAGGGACACGCAGCAGCAGCAUCUUAUCGAGUGCGAGCAGCAACAGCACGAUGGUGAACAUCACAGCUAGUCGACCUCUGGCCUCAUCGUGCGCCGCCGUCGGCAGCUCACCGGCAGCCAGCGCCUACGGCAGCGAUCUGUACUUUCCCAACACCGCAACCUCCACCGCCAGCAUGGUGGCCGACAAUCAUCACAUGCACCAAGGUCUCCUCGGGAAGGUGGAGGGCGCCCCCUUUGGAUCGGUGUACUCUCGCCAUCCCUACGAUUGGCCCUUCAAUGCCGUCUCGCACAAAGCAGCCGAGGCAGCCAGCGUUAACUCCGUCAACGGAUGGUGGGACAUGCACAGCGCUGCGGCUGCCGGCAGCUGGCUGGACAUGGGAAGCGCAGCGGUUCAGGCCGCAGGGAUGCACUCGACGAUGGCGAACUAUGCGAAUGCCGCUGCUGCUGGCAGCGAUUACAGUUCGGCGCUGUCGCAUUCGCUCUCGAAUACCGCCCACCUGCUGGGUUCCGGUCAGCAUCUGCUGCAGGAUACCUACAAGAGCAUGCUGCCGGGUCAGGGCGUGGGCGUCGGGGUGGGCGUGGGUGGCUUCUCGUUGCCCCACAGCUCGCCAUCGGCGGCAGCAGCGAGCGCUGCCUCGCCGCAAACAUCGUCGCCAUCGACGCCAUCGCCGAGGUCGCAGCGUCGCUAUGCGGGACGUGCCACAUGCGAUUGCCCGAACUGCCAGGAGGCGGAGCGUUUGGGUCCGGCUGGGGUGCAUUUGCGGAAGAAGAACAUCCAUUCGUGCCACAUUCCGGGCUGUGGCAAGGUGUACGGGAAGACGUCGCAUCUGAAGGCGCAUCUGCGCUGGCACACCGGCGAGCGUCCCUUUGUGUGCAACUGGCUGUUCUGCGGCAAGCGUUUCACGCGCUCCGACGAGCUGCAGCGGCAUCUGCGGACGCACACCGGCGAGAAGCGCUUUGCUUGCCCCGUGUGCAACAAGCGCUUUAUGCGCAGCGACCAUCUGGCCAAGCACGUGAAGACCCACAACGGCACCGCCCCAAAUGGCAUCGGUGGCAUUAAGAAGGGCUCCUCGGAGUCGUGCAGCGAUUCCGAGGAUCCCGCCAAUCAGUCGGGUGAGUCGAACGGGCUGGGCGGCGCGUCCAGUGGCCAACAGACGGGCGCCGUUGGUGGCGGCGGGGGUGGCUCCGCAACCAGCAGCAGCAAUGGAGCCAGUGGCAAUGGCAAUGGCAGUGGCACAAGCAACGGCCCCGUUGCUGCUAGCUCCAAUCGGUCGGUAGCCGGUGGCAGCCAUCCCGGCACCCCAACCUCGCUGCACGCGCACAGCGCCUCAAGCACGCCCAGCGGCAGCGGCAGCAGUCUGCUGGGCGGCGGUCUGCACCUGGCCACGCCGCACCAGAUGGUCGCCGCGGGCGGCUCGCCGGUGAUGUUGCAUCAGCAGCAGCAGCAACAGCAGCAGCAACAGCAUCAACAGCAGCAACAUCAACAACAUCAGCAACAUCAACAGCAACAGCAGCAGCAACAUCAACAGCAUCAACAACAACAACAGCAACAUCAGCAAUUCUCGCAGCAACAUUCCCAUCCACACACGCAUUUACAUCACCAUCAUCAUCACCUGGUCACAGGCGCAUCGGCCUCCAGUCCAGGGCUGGAUCAUCGACUCGAUCACAGCGCCCUGGUCGAUAUCAAGCCGCCGAUGGUUUGAGGUUCGCUGGGACCCUUUCUGUUCACCAAUUGAGCGGAAAUGGGUUCCUGGUUGCCACACAAAUUGCUUCUUGAGCUGCUUCAACAAAAAUAACAAAUGAAAAUGCAAAUGAAAAUGAAAAUGAAAUGAAAAACAACUACACUAUAUUGAAUGUAUGUAAUUGUAAUUGUAAUUGUAAUUGUACGUGUCGAGUCCUUAGGUUUUAGAGAGA